AUAGCGGCUGCCGCGUGCGGCGCGUUGCGCAUGCAGCGCAUGUCGCCUCGUCUCCUAGUAUUAUUCUUCCGGUCUAGGGCCGUCGCGUUGAGCUGUCGUCGAGUCCACGAGGAUGAAGUACAAUCGGCUGGUGUCCUCCUCGCGCAGGAAGAACAGAAAGCGGCACUUCACGGCGCCCUCGCACAUCAGGCGGCGGCUCAUGUCCGCGCCGCUGUCCAAGGAGCUGCGACAGAAGUACAAUGUGCGGUCGAUGCCGAUCCGCAAGGACGACGAGGUGCAGGUAGUACGCGGCCACUACAAGGGUCAGCAAGUAGGAAAAGUCGUCCAGGUGUAUAGAAAAAAGUUCGUGAUAUAUAUUGAGCGAAUCCAACGUGAGAAAGCGAAUAGUGCCAAUGUCUACGUCGGCAUUGAUCCAUCUAAGACGGUUAUUGUUAAAUUGAAAAUGGACAAAGACCGCAAAAAGAUCAUCGACAGGCGAAGCAAGGGCAGGCUGGCGGCGCUGGGUAAAGACAAAGGCAAAUAUACAGAGGAUGUAACAGCCGCUAUGGAAACGUCGUAAUUUUGAUAUAUUUUGCGUUUGUCACAAUAAAAUAUUUAAAAACAGAA